UAUUGGACAGAAAAUUAUUGACAUGGGGACAAAAUCUUCAGUAGGUUCUUGUGAUCAAUUGAAAGUGAAAUGAUGCAUCAGAAGUAUGUAAUUACACUUUAAACAGUAGUCUUUUACUUUUAUUCAACUUCCAUGCUGUUAAGAUUCCCAACAACAGCUAGGAGUGACGAUGGCGGCCAUGGUAACAGGCCUCAUCCUCAGCGAUGGGUGCCACCACCACUUACAAGUCCUGUGUAGCCGUCUGGUGACUCUCCUGCUGUGUGAGCUGCCCUUCACCAAACUGGGCGCUGACUUCACCCGCAGCGGCACCGGGGACAGCAUCUGCGCCGGAGCCUGUUUCAGUAGACGCUCCCACAAGCCUGCGACGGCGUCCUGGGACUUCAUCUACGUGCCGGUCAUCCAGCUCACGGAGCUGUUUGCCUCCCACCUGCGCUUCCUGGCCACUGAUGUGGCGCCGGGGGCUCGGGGGAAGGAGGAAGCUCGGGCUGCCUCCACAGCCCCCGGGGGCAGGACGGUCAUAGAUCUCCACAGAGACAGAUGUUCAGCAGACAUCUGCUCCGAGUUCUAUGUUUAUGUUGGGGCCGCCCCAGAGAAACACAUGUCUAUUUAUGCUUUGCCUUCCAUCUCAGGGCUGAUUAUUGUUUGUUCAGUCUUAUUUCACACUGCUCGCUACCUUUGCAACGUUUAA